AUGUCCCUCUCCGGUGGACUGCCAACGUAUUUCAAGCUCUUUACCGGCGCUCUUAUCCCUUCACUGGGGUUUGGCACCUGGCAAGCAGCGAAGGGACAAGUAGGUAACGCGGUUGCCCAUGCGCUCCGGACUGGGUAUAGGCAUAUCAAUUGCGCCUACAUCUACGGGAAUGAGGCAGAAGUAGGAGCCGCGAUCCGAGAUUCUGGGAUCCCCCGCUCAGAACUGUGGAUCACGGGCAAGCUGUGGAACGGGUAUCAUAGGCCUGAGGACGGGGAGGCUAUGCCCGUGGCUUUCGGCCUUGGAGCGGAUGGGAAGCCUGGAGAUAGGCCGAAGGACAAGGACGGGAAUCUGGUGGUGGACUAUGCGCUUACAGAGGACUAUGUGACUACUUGGCGCGCUAUGGAGGCUCUUGUCGGUACUGGAGGCAGCAGUGCACGACAUAUCGGGAUUAGUAGCUUCAACAUACGCAAGUGGAAGCACCUGCUCUCACAGGCCAAGGUCCAGCCGGCCGUCAACCAGGUGGAGAUGAACUUCCAUUGGCCACAGCAUGGGCUUGUCCAGUGGGCGAAGGAGAAUGGUCAGCUGUUGGAGGCGUAUUCUCCCCUUGGGAGCGGGGAGAGGGCGAAGGUGAUCUUGGCUGAUCCGAUUAUCAACGAGAUCGCAACCAAGCACGGUGUUGGCCCGUCCCGUAUCCUGCUUAGCUGGCAGAUCCAGCGUGGCAACGUCGUCCUUGCCAUGGAUUGGCUUGGAUCCUUUGGCAAAAAAAUACUUCAUAUUUGGUACACUUCCAUUUCAUGUAACUUUCGAUCAAACACUAAGGGCCUUCAAAUUUGUUCUCGACCCAAACACUUCU